CGGCUGAUGCUUUCACACCGGCGGAAACGAACAGAACUCAGAGCUUUCUGUUCGAAUCGACUGUUUAGUGCGAACCAACUGCUGUAAGGGUGUAAGCACCCUUACACUCUCUCUAUGGAUAGAUCGCCUUUCUGUCUGAUCGGCUCUGCUGUGGCUUUAGACGGUGUCACUCAUGGCCACGAAGAGACGCUGGUGUUUUUCGAUCUGGAAACUACAGGCCUCAACACCUAUUCAUGUGAUAUCGUGCAGCUGUCAGCCAUCAGUGGAGAGAGGAGCUUUAAUGUCUACCUUUUCCCUCGGUGCCCUAUAGACUGUGGUGCCUCCAGAGUUACAGGCCUGACCACACGUGACCAUGAUCUGCUCCUACAUGGACAGCCAGUGCAAACGGUUCCAUUAAGAGAGGCUCUUAAUUUGUUCAUCUCCUUCCUUCAAACCUUCAGCAGACCAAUCCUGGUGGGCCACAACUGUAAACGGUUUGACUGUCCUGUCUUACGGCGAAUCCUGAGCGAGUUAUAUCUGCUGGAGGAGUUUGAGUACGUAGUGUCAGGUUACCUGGACACAUUGCUGCUCAGUAGAGAGAUGUUUACACUCGAGAAAUAUUCUCAGCCCUUCCUGGUCCAGCAUUUCCUCCAAAAACCCUACAGAGCUCAUGAUGCUAUUGAGGAUGUGCAAGCUCUGCAGGAGCUCUUUCGAGUCUGGAGGCCAAGUACAGAUUUGGUAAAUAAGCACAGAUUUAUCUUGUAAAUCAGGGGAGAGUGAGGUCAAUUAUAAAUGGGGUCGGCUGUAUUAUUCUGAGUUUCUUCCAUCAAACACACACUAUAGUAGUGAUCAUCAGUGUGCACAUGCUCAGUAGCAUUCACUGCCUGCAAAACAGCAGCAGCUUUUUCACAGCCCUGAAGAAUUUGUCAAAAGUCAAUUUUGAAAGUUUUCUUUCAAACUUUUAUUUGUUUAUUUGUGUGUGUCUGUUACAGUAACAAUCUAGCAGCUAGACGGUUGCACCGAUUGGCUUCAAAUUUUUAGGAUUGGUGGGCAACGGUCCGUAGAUUAAUCAGGUCAAGGUGAAGGUUGUCACCUGAAAAGUCAACCUUUUGGUCAAAAUAACACAUUUUUCAUUAUAACUCAUAUAGGAACUCCCACAUGGCCUUUCAUUUGGCACCAUGAUCUUUGACCCUGAGUGACCUUGAAAUAUACUCGUGUGUGUGUGUAUAUGGUAACACUUGUUUGAGGGGAGAUACAUAAUUAUUGGCACUUUGGUAAACAUAAACAAAGGGUAUACAUACAUAUGUACACACACACAUAUAUAGUGUGUGUGUAUAUAUAUCUCAUCUCAUCUCAUUAUCUCUAGCCGCUUUAUCCUUCUACAGGGUCGCAGGCAAGCUGGAGCCUAUCCCAGCUGACUACGGGCGAAAGG